AGAGAGAGAAGGAGGAGGAGGGGGGAUGACGCUGCGUUUCAAAUGAGCACCAAGGACAGCGCCGCACUCAGCACCAGGGACAGCAAGCCACAAAACUACACGCAACCCCGCCUUUGAACACAUGCAGUUUGUUUUAUUGUGCUAUCACAACUUAUUUCCCUUUUAUUCUUCGCGCGCGCGCGCCGUGUGUGUGUGUGUGUGUGUGUGUGUGGAGACAGCUCAAUAUCUACUCACAGUGAAACGUGGUCAAAUCAAAGCCCAGCAUGCUUUGAUCUGUCCUGAUCACCGCUGUAUGUGUGGCACUAAUGACCUGCCAUACACCCUGUUAACUCUCUACUGCGGGGUCUUCUCCUGCUACCCAGUCGGGUCGCGCAGACCUGGGAAUACUUUUGAACCAGUGUGUGUUUGUGUUUCAAGUGAAACUGGCUUGGCUUUAUAGAGAAGGUGGUGGGCGGGACUUGCAGCAGUGAAGGCACACUAUUAGCUCCUGAAGGGCUCUUUCACCGGGGAACCCAAUCCCAGCCGACCGCCUCUGCCUCGGGCGGAGUUUGAGGAGACCCGCGGUUAAUUUUAGUUUGUGUUGGUUGGACGGAGAGGAGGAGGAGGAGGAAGGAGAAGAAGAGGAGGACGAAGUGGAGGAGGCGACGGCUGUCUUCUUCUUCUUGUUGUUUUUAUUUUUUAUUUUUUAUUAUUUGUCGCCUACCAGCAGGCACGUUUCUUGGGAGCAAACGCAAGCGGGUGUAACUGUCAUCGGCCGGUUUGUCCCGGUUGCGGUUCUACACUGACUUCUGUGGAGGAUAAAUCUGAUUAAUCCUUUCUUGUUGUGCUUUUUGGACCAAUUUAACUUGUAUAGAGCAUUUCACCGGAUACGGUUUGGACUAGUGUCUAAAGCCCGGACAUUGGUCAUCCAGGGGGAUAAAACAUGUCACUGUGUCAACAGCUGGAGCGGAAAACACGCGAUGGAUGUCGGUCAGUCUCCGCUUCGUAGAUAACACAUGGUCUUUAUUCACCGUUCGUGUAUUCAUUCAUUCAUUCACUGGACGGGAAGGUGAACAGACGCUGGCCUGCUGUCAGAGACACUGUGGGAAGAGGAGAACCGGUCACAGAAGCGGUGAGUGAUGCUUUAGUACAGAUUCACGCUGCGGGGGUGACAUCGGUACAGACAAAAUGAUCCCCUGUUUUGCUGUUUUAAAGAUGGAGUCCCCCUACACAGACCCUGGCUGUUAAUGCUUCACAGAUUAAUAAGUUAAGAAGGAAAGCAGAAGGAGAGGCGAAGACAAGAAGCUCUCCCCUAACCCCGGGACGAAUAACACGGCAGGAUGCGUUACCGCCGUUAACUUCCACUCUGAGUGAGUGUGGGCAGUGCCAGCAGUUGGGGACGACCGCUGGCCGUUAAUCCUACGUUGUGUGGGUGCGUGCACGCGCCUCUGUUUGUGGAUGGUGAUGGUGAGAACCGGUUUUUGAUGCGCGAGAAAGUGACGUGCCGCUCUCCUACCUUCCCGCCCUUUGCCACGAGCCUCAAGUCAACUCAGCGAACCAGGCAGCCGGGUCCAGCUUCAUUUCUCUCUCCAUAACCUCCUCACAAACUCGCCACCUUUACCCACCUUCCCCGUGUUGUUGUUGUUAUUGCUCUUAUCAUUUAUUUGAGCGCGUGUCCCUCACCCUGACUCUCCAAGUCUCGCGGGAUAUAAAGGAAAUAAAAGGGGUGAAUCUAAAAGAGCGGAGGGGAAAAGGAAAGGAAACACACACACAAGCGAAAACAGAUUAAGACGAACAGGAGCCGCCUAUAUGAAGAUGCUGAUGUGUGACCGCGGCGUCCAGAUGCUCGUGACGACGGUGGGCGCGUUCGCCGCCUUCAGCCUCAUGACCAUCGCCGUCGGUACCGACUACUGGCUGUACUCGCGCGGGGUCUGCCGCGUGAAGAGCAGCGGCGACAACGACACGAGCCGCAAGAACGAGGAGGUGAUGACGCACUCCGGCCUCUGGCGAACCUGCUGUCUGGAAGGAACAUUCAGAGGUGUGUGUAAGAAAAUUGAUCACUUCCCAGAAGAUGCUGACUACGAAGCAGACGCAGCUGAAUACCUCCUACGUGCUGUGCGUGCCUCCAGUCUUUUCCCCAUCAUGAGUGUGGGUCUGCUGUUCCUGGGUGGGCUCUGCGUGGCUGCCAGUGAGUUUUACCGAAGCCGACACAACGUCAUCCUCAGCGCAGGAAUCUUCUUCGUCUCAGCAGGCCUCAGUAACAUCAUUGGAAUUAUUGUCUAUAUCUCAGCCAACUCUGGCGACCCAGGCCAGAGUGACAGCAAGAAGUCCUACUCCUAUGGCUGGUCUUUUUACUUCGGCGCCCUCUCCUUCAUUAUGGCGGAAAUGGUGGGUGUGCUGGCUGUGCACAUGUUCAUUGAGAAGCACCGCAAGCUCCGGGCCAAGUCCCGCACUGAGCUCAUCAAGAAGUCCGCCUUUAGCCGCAUCCCCUCCUAUCGCUACCGUUUCCGGCGCCGCUCCAGCGUUCGCUCUUCAGAGGCUCCCAGCCGCGAUGCCUCGCCACUGGGGAAAGGUGGCUACACAGGGCCAGCCGCCUCCGAGAUGCCGAUGUACACGCUAAACCCACGAGAGGCCGGCAAUGCCGGCAGCAAACCUGUUGGCGGUUUAGGCGGGCUGCUUAACUCGGAGAGGGAUUUCCUCCAGAGCAGCACGCUCACUAAAGACUACAGCAAGGACCCCAACCGCAGAACCACACCUGUCUGAGAGGUGCUGGCUACAGAUAUCGCCCCAAUCACAGUAUCAAAGAGGAGGAGGAUGAGAAAUACAGGGGGGAGUGCAAGCAAAAGCAGGGGACACACAGGGUUAUGGGGUGGGAAGGGGGGGGUUGCUAAACUUCGACUGUGAACUGUGAACUUUUAGCCUUCGAACUGUGAAUCCUGAGCCCUGUGAGAGUGCGUGUAGCAGGGUUGGUUUUAAUAGAGAAGUUGUUCCCAGCCCCAGCACAUAUCACUGUAGUAAUACUUGUAACUCCUUAUAUAUCAAGGUACAUUCGGUUUAUGUUCAUGAGUUUUAUGUUCAUAAAUUGAUUUUCAGGCUUUUUCCUCACAGGAGAAAUGGGAAGUAGUGGAAAUGUAAAAUAUAUUAAGUGUUUUUUCUAUUUGGGGCAACUUCUCUUUAAAAAAAACAACACAAAAAAAACAAAAGCGCCACAAAAAAACUCCAAUGUGAAUUUGAGGAGAAGAGGUGACAGACUUUGUGUGAACCUCUGUCCUCCUGACCUUUUGGAUAGCAGCAGAGUCGGGUCAGGGAAGGGGAACGGCCUUAGAGCUCCCAGCUGACCCUCUGAUUACAGUAAACGUGAAGACGUCAGCACCUCGUCGUGGGUUCUGAUUCCUUUUCAGUUCAGCUAGAUUCAAAUUAUAAACUGAAGAUCGGUUUGCCCAUUUAAACCAGUGCAUUUGUGGAAGCAGUUAUCAUUUUCUAUACAUUUUGUAUAUAAACUUUCAUACUGAUCGAUCAGAAAGCUCGCUUCACGACUGAACUGAAAAUGAAUUGAGCUCUUCCCUGGUCACAUUUUCCCCUCAUCGCUCUGAUUCCAGGUCAGUGGUUAAACCUGCCAGGCGGUUUCAAUGAGUAAAGAAGAAACCGCGGAUUAGCUGUUGCAGGCUGGGUAGAAAAGGUCUGACUCAACAACCUAAAGAAUCUCUUAUAGAUGGUAACGUAAGAUCCAUUGGUGCUUCCUUCUGUUUUUUCUGCCACUUCUUGAUUUAUUUAUUUUUUCACCUAAAACCUAAAAAGAGGUGGUCUGUCUGCCAAGCUGUCUGUCUGCGUCCAUGUGUCACCUCUCACCUUUUUCUGUGUAGCCACACCUCCACACAUCCUCUCACCUUGCCCACCCUCUCCACUAGAUUUAGCUCCUGUCUUCCAUUGGUGGUGUUUUUGGAGACUAGUUAGGUUUUCUGGAGGUUGUUGUUUCAGGGUACUGUGGAGGGGAGACCGCUGAGCUGUGAAUAGGCUUUAAGGCAGCACCGUUUGUUUGCCCACUACCUCUUGGUGAACACAUUUCUGAUUUAAUAUUAAAACCUGUCAGAUUUACAGCCGCAGGAGUAAACACAGGCUAAAGUAGACGUCUCCAAUAGGAGGAAACUGUCCGUAUGUAGCACACAAAUUAAGGAGCGGGAGAUGGAAUUGGAGGAUAUCCAAUUGUAUUAUUUAAGAUGUUACUAAGUCACUCACAGCCUCCUCACUGCUCUUCAUCUCCACUGCUCACACACAUUCUGGCUGACAAACUAGUUACUUACUCCACUGCCACCUCUCCAGCCUUAAAACAGGACCAGUGUCAAAUACUGCUGCGAUCCACGCAUCGAGGCACCGGAGGACACUUUGUGUGCAUCUGACUGAGCAGCAGUGUUUGGACGCCUUUCAGACUAAUGGCCUUUACACACCGGACACGUAAAAUUUGCACCAAUAUUUUGUUUGUUAAAAAUACUCGCCUAUUCUCAAUGCAGGCGUUCACAGCUACCACAUAAUUUUGCAAGAUGAAUUUGCAUUUAAUUUAUAGAAUCAAGCACAAUUUUUUCAGAUGUUUUGCAUACGAAUUAACAGAUCUGACCAAUCAGACCACUGCAUGUAGCAACAAGUGCGCUUGUAGCUCAAACGCACUUACUUCAUGAACAUACUGAAACACAAGUACUGAACACACACAUAAAAAUAAAUAGUAAUAACAAAACAAUAGUGUUUCUUUUCAGACAUAGAGCUAGAUGGUGCUCCAGGUCAGUCGACUCUGAAAUAAUUUCCCUCAGAUGUGGGAAGAGCUCAGACUGCCCUGCUGACAUCCUGAAAUAUGUACGACAGCAGUCGUGAUAAAGAUUCAACUCCUGCUGCUGCCUUCUCGUGAGAAUUGAAUGAACCCAGAAUCUCUGCUUCUUUCCUUUCGUUGUUUAGAAACAUCAGGACCAGUUCAUUGUGGCUUGAUGCGUCUUUUUUGAGGACAUUUUUUGCAAAAUCGGUGUGCAUAUACGUAACACAACAAAUUCGCAUCUGAAAAAUCUAGAAUUUCAUUUUGGGUUUUUUGCAGCAUGGUCGGUGUGUAAUGGCCUUACUUUUCUGCAGGAAAAGCAGCACAAAAAACUACUGUGAUAAAGCCCCUGAUCUACUACUAAAUGCCUAAUAUUUACACAGUCAGUCCACCUGGUUUCCCAACAAUCUAAUGCUGCAUCUGUGCAUUUGUAAGCAGUGGCAACUACUGUCAUUCUGAAGUAUUCCAGCUUUUUAGUAAAAGGAGGCAUAUUCUAAAACAUUAAGAAAACAAGCUGAAUUAUUCACUUUACUCAGUAACUUUCUAUCUCACGACACGAGGCGACAGGAUUUGACACUGUGAGAAAAAAGGCAACACAGCCAUAAAAUCUACAGAGAGGAGACAGGAAGGGUUGUGAAACCUGAGCAUGAGUAUCUAGUCACACCAUUUUUCUCAACCUGUUUCUGGGACUGUGAGUAACAAGUAAGUGUGAAACUCAAAAGAGGAAAAAAAAAAUGCUUUUUUUAUUUUUUCAGUUGUUGUUCUUUUACCUUCCCAUAAACAGCCAUUGCACUGUUUUGUAUAAAGUCGACAUGAAACAACACCAACCCGACACUGUCAAGCUACUACUCUGACAGUCAUUACUCUGAUAAUAAAAUGUUUUAAACCUCGCACACACUGUUUAAUUUAUGAUGCUGCUGUUUUAUCUCCUGUCUCCGACGCCAUAAAGGGAGCUUAAAGGGACAAACGUGCAUUGCUACUGUCCUCUACAUGUAAAUAUUAAUUUUGCAACUGCAACUAGGGGCAUCAGCUUUUGUCAUGGGCUGUGAAAGGGAAAAAAAACCCUACUUUUCUCCAAGCAAGGGCUUUUAAUUUUUAAAGGACAGGAGCACACAAGGGCUUUUUAUGCUCAGCACUGCAGCAAUUUCAUUUUAAGGGUGUAACUUGGGAGGGAGGGGGAGAAAAAGCAAAGUACAUUUGCACAGAAACAAUCGUUGUUGAACAAGCUAACCGCUAAUACAGCGCGCUUUGUGUAAAAGAGAAGCUGAAGUAGAGGAAAAUCAGACUACACUCUUCUACUCUGCUAGUUUUUUUGACUUAACUUUAGGUUAGAUGAGUAAUUUUGUGACGUAAUUAGAGAUAAAGACUAUUGCCUUAAGCAAAGGUAGCAUAAUUAAGACUUAUUUCAGUUGCUUAAGGUUCAAACAUAAAUUAGCGAAAUAUGCCUGGUGCCAAAUAUUACUCCAGAUGUUUUCUAUGUAUCACGACCUCCAGGUUAGCUUUAGGUUUGCAGCUGUAAGUACUCUUCUCCACGUAGGAUUUACUGACUCAGCAGUAGCGGUAGCUUCGUAGCUCUCAUCGGCUCAGACCUCGAGGGGUCUGCUUAGGGUCGAAGUUCAGAACUGCCAUCCAUGAGCCAUGUCAGCGUUGACCAUUCAAACCAUGCAUGCCAUCACCAUUUGCUUCCAGUGCUUACAUUUGCUGUAGUCUCAAAUGGCACCCUAAUCUCUAUACUCUGUAGGGAUACUCGACUGCUACACAAAAGACGCCUUACAAGGGCGCGCGGGCCCGUUAGCCCGCGCUGUAAUGAUGUUUACUUCAGUAGAGCAAGGGUGCUUUUUGAGACUAGGCCGCUGUCUAUCUCUUCUUCAUAAAGCUUUGAUACUCUGAUAUAUUAUUAGUAAAAAAGAAAUUAUUCUAUUCUAUUCUAAAGGUGCCACUGUGCAGAGGAUGAUAAACUCUGUCACAUAUUGUAGUAAUCUAUUCAUUGGGGCGGGGGCUGGGGAGGGUUGAUCGCAGAGGGGCGGAGUUGGGAAGCAGGGGUUGUAGUCUUUCUAAUAUUCUAUUAUUCUAGUUUCAUUUUCUACUUUGAUGUGAUUGUGAGGUUGUGUUGUUUUAAUCACAUCUGAAGUUUCUGACAGGAGGGACAUUAGGAGGAGUGGAGCACUCGGACGAUCGCUCAUGGACAUAAACCUCACCUCGCCGGUGCCAGAGGUCACUUUACAAUUUGCCAGCAGGACACUCAGCACUGCAGUGCACACACACACACACACACACACCACACACGGAUACAUGCAUUCCAAGUAGCUAUACAUACAAAUUCCUGUACUUUUGAGGACUUUUACCCAAAGCUUCAACACUAGUUUCUGUUGUUUGCACUUGCACAGGAGAAGACUGCCUCAGAUAGCAGGCUACAAGCAUCACUAAACCCUCCAGUUUCCCGAGUUUGGAAGACGUAACGACUGUUAAUUAAAGAAUAAAAACAGGGUUAAGAACUGUCCGAUGCAUUAUUUAAAACCUGAAACAAUGAAGCAUCGACUUCCAGGAAAAAUAUGGUCGGAAAAACCCCCCCAGAAUGAUCGUGAUCCAAUCGUAGAACUCACGGCUAUGUUAAUAGCAAAAGUAAGGGUAUUUAAACACGCACAAGAGAACUAAACAGCUGUGAAAAGCAUGUAUUAGUGAGGCUAGUUGGUGAAUAAAAGGUUUCAGUUUGCUCAGAAGCAUAUAGAUCGGACUCUGGAGGAAUGGAAAAAGGUCAUGUGGUCUGAUGAGUCCAGAUUUACCCCGUUACAGAGUGAUUUAUAAGAUAGAUCCAGCGUUUACUUUACAUCUGGGGUUGUUUCAGUUGGUCUGAUCUAGGUUCAGCAACCUUAUGUGGCCCCCCCAAAAAUGGGGGGUCAUCUGACAACGUGAUUAAAAUGAAUGACCAACAAUGAUUCCUUUCUUUCCUCACGGCACAGGCAUGAUGAUCCAAGAUGAUUGAUAAUCUUUAGGAUGUGCUGCAGAAUCAAAACAAAACUGGACAGAAAUAAACAUUCGCAUCAUGUAAGCUCAUCAAAAUAAUGCCAUCAUCAUUAAAGGUAAUCAGCUGAUAUCAGUUAUGACCGAACAGUAUAAUGAAACUUUUGCACACUUAAACUUUAACUUGAAAUAGAAAUCGAAGCUUUGGGAUUAUUGGUCCUCAUGAGUAUAGGAGCACAAGAACACAGCACAACACGACGUAGCCUCGUUAAUGAUCACACACACACACAUCAUGCUCACAGCUUCAGCUUUGCCCGGUGUGGCGCAGAGAGAAAUGUUCUGUUCUGGGGUAAAAAAAAACAAAACAACUAUCACUGUGUCAUAUUUGGUGUUUCUUUGGAAGAAAAACGACAAACUGUUACCACUGCGUUGCUGUCGUGUCGCUCCUCGAUGGGACUUCAGUACACUGAGCCAGCUAAUCAACCACGGAGGACCAGAAAAAAAACUGUUUUGAAGGAGUAGUUCAGAGACAAACACUUGCUAUAAGCACUCUACACUUUGCACUCGCAACACACACACCAACACACACUAACGCAUUUAAGGUCACUGUGUGAGGAGGGCUUACAGGUGGAGUUAUGUGCCUGCAUGUUUGUGUGUGUAAAUAUUUACAUUGUGCGUGUUUGUGUGCGUGUGUGCAGUUAGCCUCUCCUCACCCAUGCACCCAGUGCCUGCCUGUCCUGCCUUCAGACAGCUCCAAGAUCAGCCAUGGGGCGUCCAGUAUAACCUCCUCUGCAUCCUCGCGACCUUUAAUGGUUGGACCGGGAUCAGUUUUAGAGCUAACUGCCCCGAUCAUUCCUCAGCAGACGCAGCCAUACAAGCUAGUAGGACUGUUCUGGAUUCAGUCGGCUCUGGCGGAAACAUUUUUAUUGUAUUUUUUAAUUUGGAUCUUGUUUUUCUUACAUUGCCGUCUCUGUCUGUGCAGCUGGUUUAGGAUCAGCAGAGGGGGCUUGGGAAUAGACUAUGAUCUAUUGAGUCCCUAGUGACACCUGGUCUUGAAUCAGCACGAGCUGAUUUUGCCUGCUGUUCCUCGUGUUCCCAAAUGUCCCAUAAAUUUGGGAAAACAAGCUGUGUGUUCGCUCUGAAAGACUGACUUGUAAAAUUGUUAGGCUUUUUAAAAUGUGUCCUUUAGGAAGUUUCACUCACCAGAUUUCCUCCUCGAAAUGAUUUCACUUUAACUUCAAGCAUUGUUGACGGCGGUGGCAGUUUAUGGAUUGCGGACAAGUUGUUGUUUUAAGUUUUCUAAACAUAAUCUAUUGAUAGAUAAAGAAUAGCAACCAUUAUUACAAGAAUAAUUUCAGCCUUGGUGACUAUUAGGCCUGUUUUAUUUUGGGGGGUUUGUGCCAACCUUUAGCCUUUUAGCAAGAGAGAUUUUGUACCUGUCCUAUAUUUCACAUGAAUUAUUUUGACAGGGAAUACAGAGCGAUUAAAAUGUGCUUUUAACGGUUUUGCCUCAAGCCCUGCAUUCAGACAGUGCUGUUUACGUAGUUCACAGAAUAUAUCUGUGGCUGGCACGGUUGACUGACCAAGGAUGAAAGGCCCAAAACAGUACCGUGUUUUACCAAGCUUGGAGAGUUUCGCAGGAAUAUUCAGGCUCCUUGCUUAAAUUUCUUUUGAAAGUAGCAACAAAACAUGUUUUUUUUCUUCCUGAACAAGUGAAAUCAGACGGUGUCCUUAAACGAAAAGAUUGUGACUGUUUUUACUGAGAUUUACAAAAGACUCGCAGGGAAAUAUCGACAACAUUUAAUGUGACAUACUUGUAUUGGAUUACUACACAGGUUUCUCUAUGAGAAAGCCACGCCCCAAAGAGUCUAAAUUGCCCUUGAGUUUUUACUGAGCCAUGUUGUAAUGGGUAGAGUCAGGCUACUCAGUGUAUGAAACCAGUGUGACAGUGCCCUGGCUGUGGGCUUUUUGCCACAUUAGCUGCAUAACUCUGUGAUUGGCAAAGCCGGUUAGUGCACUACUUCAUUUCAGACUGUAAAAAACAUUAAAUCAACAGUUGCAAUUAGAUUUGCUUCAUCCUUCAGGAUUAAGUAAGUUAUUUGUUACAUAAGUAGCAUACCCAGCAAACCAUAUACAGGACGUAAAAUAGAGGUGUAGUAAAAGUAGUGGUCCAAUGGACACAUCUUCUCCUUGUCCACAGACUAGUAUAACCGUAACCUUUUAAAAAGCCAUUUGUACAUCUAAAAUCUGCCUCCUUUGUUGCACCCUGGACUUAAUGCAUCUGGCUGUUACAGCCAUAUUUACCCAGAGAUCAGACCACUUCAAUGUGACGUGAAAGUCUCACAAGAAUGUCAAGAAAUACUCAAGCAGACAUAGUUAGCAUCUCCAAGAUGUCAACAAAAAACGCUAAGCAGUAGUUGUUUAACAUCAAAAUGUUUGCUGUGAUAGCUUCACUUAGUGAUUUAGUGCUCUUUAAUUUACUGCAAUGUUUAGCAUUGUUGCUACAGAUCAGCAAGGUAACAUGCAGUUCUGCUGUUAUUUAGUUCAACCCCACAGAAAGUGGCUAGCAUGGCCGUAAACUGUUGUGCUGUGCCUCAAAUUACACAUUUCUGUUCUUUUAAGCUAAUGUGUACUUAGCACACACACCAGUAUUAAUUGACAGAUAUUCCAUGUGUUAUAGCAUGAUUUAGUGUUUUGUUACCUUCUUGAAUUCUGUAGAAGAAUCUGAAGAAUUUAUUAUUGCAGAAAAACGGAGACUAAAAAAAGCAGCAGCUAGUGAUCCAGUAUUUUUAAUAUAACUCUAAAAAGAAGAAGAAGUUACUUUCAGUUGCUCUUUUAUUCACAGGGGUCUCCCACAGUGGGUUGUUUUUUAUUUUUAUGCCAGCUCCCUUUCCUAAUCAACUCCAUAAGGGACAUGUGUCUCCUCCCAGGAUCAAACCAGGGAUUAAACCACUAGCAACACUAGCAUCCUCACAUUACGCUGGUAAGCAGAUGGAAGUAUCUGAACUGAGAUACACCGACAGUUUUUGGUGGUAAAUAAAUGUAACCUGACUUUAUCCAUUUCAAACUGACCCGAGGACUGUUAGAAAAAAAUGCCAGAGCACAAACUCAGGAGAAGAGUCUGAUAUUUUAUUUAAUUUUUUAUGAAUUUGUCAGUUAGUUUAUUAAUUUCUGAACAGAGCGACAAAAUUUGCCACAAAGACAGAGCAAACAAUCCAGAAAUAUUGUAUGUUCAUAUGUAUAUUGUGAGUACGGCGGUGGCCAGCAUAAAGUUGUUUUCAGGGAGUGUAUCUUAGAGGCAUUGUAGCAUUUUGCUUCAAGAUGAAGCAGUUGAUGACUGUAAGGAGGACUAGUAACAAUCAGCUGUUACUCUGUGUGUCUUUAGGGUUAACACUGGAGAUUCUGGGUGUUUUCUUGCAGCAGUCAUUAAAGUAUAAAGUCAAAUGUACAGCUGAAACUUCAAGUAGAAGUAUAAAGUAUAAAAAAUACACUAAAAGCAUGAUGGUAAUAGGUUUAAGUGUUAAAGAUUGUGUAAAUCAGUGUCAGCGGGCAGCUUUUUAUCUUGCUCCAUACCUCUGAGCCCUAUCAUGAGAUAAUUAGUCCUCUACAAACAAAUAUACACACACACAUGCAUGCAGAAACAUGCUGGCACUCACAUUUGUCUUUCUAUACACAGGAACACUGACUGCAUCAUUCUCACACACACACACAUACCAACAAACACACACACACAUACACACAGAUGCCAGCCAUUUUCACUGUAUACUUUAUAAUGUAAACCUCCAACUAACAGCAGUCUGACACGGACACAUGCUGUGAUUAAAAGCACACUUUUACUUACGUGGUAUAAAUAUGAUUACCUAUAUGAAGGAUAUUAUAUACAUCAUAAUAUUAGAAAAUAAAGAGUCACCUUUUCAAAGUG